GCGGGUGGAGCACGGUGUUCUCAUGAGUCCAGUUGGCCUGGGCCUCAAGCCAUGGCGCCCAAGAAGAAGCGCGGACAAAUCGUUGGGCGCAAGCAGGCGGGCCAAAGUGGGGAGCCACAGCUCUCGGAGCGCGCGCAGUACUUACAGCGCGAGUAUGCGAUGCUCUCGGAGAGCCUGGUGGUCUGUGAGCAGCGGAUAGACGAGGUGCUGCAGAGCAAUGCGUUCCUGAACAGCGAGGCGCAGCGCUUAAAGGAAGAAAACCGGCUUUUUGUCGGUUAUGUGAGCGCGCACGCUCUGCGCUGCGCCAAUGCCAUCGUGCGCCUCGAGGACCAGAACCGCACAGACCUGGCGCAGAUCCGGUGGCAGCGAGCGGAGCUGGCGUCGUUUUACCACGGCCGCGAGGACGGGGUGCGUGCACAGCUGCAGGAAAUGAAGAAGCGCGCAGAAAACAUGACACAGCAGGUGCAGGAGCUGCAGCCCUACAAGGAGUUGCAACUGGAGCAGCUGGCACGAAUCCGGACCCUGGAGCGUGAGCUGCUGCAUAUGCGCGUGGAGCACACGCAGCUCCUCCACCAGGUGAAGCAACGCUUCCUGGAUGAUAAGUCUGCUUUCGAGCGGGAGGCACGCCUGCUCGUGCAGUCCCUGACACGUCGCGCAGAGCGGGAGGCAGCGCUUUCCCUUAUUUCCCACGCACAGGCCCUCAAGGCAGACAAUGGGCGUCUCCGACAAGAACUCACGAGGCUUCUCCAGAGGACCCAGUUACUGCAGAACUUGCGCCAGCAGCUGUUGGAGCAGCGGGAGCAGCUGCGCCGGGAGCACGUGGACGUGCAGAACCUGGAUCAAAUGCACGGCUGGUUGCACAGGGGUCCCGGAGGGCCACCACUCUGGCAGCCACCCCAAAGCCACCAACCUAACUUGCGCAUUGAGUCAUUUGUCACCGCGCUGGACUCAACACAACACAUGUUAAGAGCCCAGGCUCCACCCCAAUCAUUUCCGUCCUCCCGGGUUCCAUCGGUGGAUCAGUCGCACCGAGCCUCCAGGAGUCCAUCCGUACUGUCCAGUGAGUCUUUCCCGGGCCGGUCUCUUAAGGCUGGGUCUGUGAUUGCUCCCCGGAGUUCAUCCGGUCUAAGAUCUCGAGUCUCAUCUCUGACUCCAUCACGCAGGGGCUCGCGGAUCUCAUCCGUGACCCCGUCACGCAAGGGCUCCACAGCUCCAUCCAUGACCUCAGGUACCUUGCGGCAACGGGAGGACUCUCGACUCUCUCCGCAGUCCUCCUUGCGUGAGAUGUCUUCAGAAACUGACACAGCUGCAAAAUCCAGCUCCAAGCUUUUUUCAGGGCUGUCGGAAGAUCACUUCCCUCUCAGCCCACAAUUGGAAGAGACAAAAAACACUGUGGACAACACAGAAACUGUCUUGGAGCAAGCCUGAACAUACACGAGGGGGCAGGCCAAUAGGUCAUGGAGUGGGGAGACAUACUUUGGAAGAUUUCUUGGUGCAUAAAUAUGUUAAUAAAAGUGUAA